AAUUAUUACAUUUAAAAGUUGCAACAUUCCCGACAAUUAAAACUAUUAAAGUAAAUAAUACUAUUUACCUCUCAUAUAAUAUUGUAGCGCUUACAGGGACAGUGUGCGGCUCCUCACCGAUUUCCGAUUCCCGUUCUGUUGUUGCGCAAUAACGGUGCAACGCUCCGGAGCCUGUCGGAGUUUCUAUACGAUUUCUUUACGAGACGUGUGGGCGGGCGAGUCACCGACGAUCACUAGCGAGGUUUAUGCGCGGCCAUCUAGUUUCGGUCGUUCGCUCGCUCUCGCGUUUACAGUCGGUGUUACGUUUCGCUGUUACACCGGCGCGGCGUACGAAGGAAAAAGCGCGGCGAGCCGAUGAGCCGAGUGAACCGUGACCGAAAUGUGAAAACCGCCGCGUGAAAAGCACCGCGGUUGUCCAAUUCAGGCUGAUUCAAUGAAAACACUUCCGCGAAACGUGCGGCUCCGCAACCGCGCGCGCACCGUUGCGAAGGCCGCCACGUGGAAAGUUCGCGGAAAGCCGCUGAAUCGCGAUUAUCUUGCUGGCGAGCGCACUCGCGCGUUUCUAUCGAGGAGGAAAGGCGGCAAUGCGGUAUCUAGCCAUCAGCUGGCCGAUCUAGAACGUCCGUAUAAAUAUAAACCAGGAAACAUCAUUGUUACAUUUGCCGAGGUCACUUCAUCCUCUUUUUCUUUUUUUGCUGCCGUUUAUAAUUUAUUGUCCUAAAUAUUUAUGAGCUGAUGCAACAUCGAAGGAAGAAGAAUACGUGACGAUCGCUAAAAAUACGCAUUAUGUGUGUGCGUAUUCAGAGAAGCGUUAUCGCCAUAUGAUUAAUCCAGCGCAGACUUCGCGAUGACUCACUCCACGAAAAAAAAAAAAAAAAUCCGGUGCGCCACUUACUUUCGCCAUUUUAUCGUUGUGAUACACGCGCGAUAUAAUUGCAGCCCCAAUCCCCUCAUUGUUACCGCCGGUGAUUCGCCGGUCUCUUUUUUUUUUCCACGCGAUGCGAUGCAACGCAACGGCUUACGCGUCGCUGCAAUGCGCUAUUACAUUCUGAUUACUCGGGCAUAAAUUACGCGAUUCAAUCGAUUCGCUAUCCCGGAGUUUCCUAAUCGCAUUUUCUCGUCGCUCGUGUCUCGCCUUCGAUCCUGGGAGUGUUUUUCCCGCCCGCGGCUCUGGAGGAAAGGGUGGGGGAAGGAGAGGAAAGAAGAAAUUAAAGUUCACGCUAAACGUACUUUCACUUUUCGCUGUUGUGUUGUGCAUGCAUACGACACGCUCGCGCGCGGGAUAAUUGCGCGAGGUGCACAAAGUUGCAUUGUUGCGGCGGAGGCGCGCGCGCGCGCGCGAGCUGCACUCCGGUUUUCCGCGUGCGGUUUCUUUAUGACUCGCGCGGCCCGCGCGCCACCGCGUCCGUGAUUCAUAUUUCUCAUUUAUUCACCGCACUGUACCCUGAUCAGUAGUCAGUCUCAUACGCGCGCACCGUGCACAAGGUUCACGGAGGAAGUAGAGUGGAAAGCCGCACUUCUCUUAUUGGCGAAUGCUAAUCACGAAUGCAGCCUCGGCUAAAGCGAAGGAACCGCCGUCGUCCCCGACGACGACGAGUACCACGAAUGGCAGCGCCGCCGCCGGCGGCAACAACGUCGGCAAUGGACACGCGCCACUGAAACGCAGCUACACCUCCCUGAUGACCACGUUAAUCGAGCAACAUCGAAAACUGGACCGCAGCGUGAGCGAGCCGACGUCGCGCUACAAGACGGAGCUCUGCCGGCCGUAUGAGGAGAACGGAUCGUGUAAGUACGGCGAUAAAUGCCAGUUCGCGCACGGCUACGGCGAGUUGCGCAACCUGGCGCGCCAUCCAAAGUACAAGACCGAGCUGUGCCGCACCUUCCACACGAUCGGCUUCUGCCCGUACGGCCCGCGUUGCCAUUUUAUCCACAAUUUCGAGGAGGCGCGCAUACACAAUCAGAAGGUGAGCGCCCAACUGGGCUCCACGCAGCCCAACAUAGUCGGCCUGAAUCCGCUGAUGAGCGCGGCUGCUGCUGCGGCCGUAGUGUCCGCGACCGGCAACGCCACCGCCGCGAACAAUAGCGCCACCGCCAAUAACGUCAGUGUUAACGUCAGCUUGCUCGAACAACUCGCGUCGUCACAUGCGGCCUUAACCGCAGCGGCUGCCACGUCAAACCUCAUGCGAACGAAUUCAUUGAGCCUCGGCAGUACUAGCGCCAACGGUUUCAAUCAGCCGCCACUGCUACGAACGUCGUCGUUGAGCCUGGCCACGAAUCAUCAUCACACGGUGCACCAUCAUCAUCAGAUGAAUGCCGUAAAUUCGGUAAUCGGGGCGACGAAACCAAAACCGCUCAAUCUUAGCCCGACCUUCUCGCUCGGCAGCUCCGCCGAUUCGGUCUCGCCGUCAUCUAGCCUCAGUCAGUCGCCGACGAACUCCAUGGCGAGCUUCUUCAGCGACGAUUGCAGCCAGCAAACGGUUUCGUGCACGAAUCUGCAGACGACACCGUUCAGUUUUGGUCAGGACUUCAGUCUGCUCGCCUGCUCGAGACAGAGCCCGAGCCCGCGCAACAACGGCGUAUGCAGUCCCCUCGCCUCCGACGAGGUAACACCCAGAACUCCCUCCCCGUUAUCGCCUAACACGGAAUCCAGGUUGCCGGUAUUCAAUAGGAUCAGCAGCACUCUCGGCGACUUCGAUAAUCUCAAGAUCUAAAAUGGUCGCCGUGCGAACCGCAGAGAAGAGAGACGCGAAUUCUCGACGAGUCUCGCGCUCGGAAUAGAAAAGAAAAAAAAAUGAAAAAUAUUAAGAAAACAAAUUUUCACGUGAAUUGACUCGAGAUUUGGGCGAUAGCUUCUCCGCAGUGAAUUCUGUCGGUGGAAUUAACGUCUUUUUUCUUCUUUUUACGCACGCGCGGUAUCACCGUUUGCGUGAUGCGGUUUCCCUUAUCCGUCAUCAUCAGUCGUUUUUUCCUGAGAAACGUUUUAAGCACACGUCAGGUUUCAUUACCCUUGAACUAGUAUCUUCCUCUCUUUUUUUUUAUAUAUAUUAUAACCAUAACAUUCAUAUAUAUCAUCGUACUAUUGUAAUAUAUUACUAUAUUAUUACAUAUAUAUUAUAUUAUCAUAUUAUUAUUAUUAAUACAUAUUUAUCAUCUUAUUCUUUCUUUUCGUCUUCUUUCUCAUAUUCUAUCGUUAGACGCAAGUGACUUUUUAGCAGAAAAAAAAUGAGAUCAGCCCGGAAGUCUCAGUCCUCGUUCAGGCUCGAAUAUGAAAAUGGUCGAAGGCACGAGAAAAGAGGAAAAGGGUUCUGUGGAUAGAUCAGCAGGUGGCACAGGAUACCAAGCGUAAAUUUAUUCCGAAAUGUGACUUUCCUUCGAGCAAGUUGUUCAUUGAUCUCACUUGGUUAGAUCCUCGUCGCGCCUUCCGGUCUCCACGGACCUCACUACCCGCGGCCCCUUCGUUCCAUUGGAUUUUCGAGCUACGAACACAGCGGCGUCGCUAAAUCCGGGGCAGGUAAAAUGUUGCAAUAUCCAAAUAACAUAUACGAUUACGUUUUGUCGAGUUUCUUCUCCGAAUGAGCAAGGGUGGGGAAAGUUGUCUCGAGAGUGAAAGGAGAAGCAAGGAUAAGCACUCCAGCGAGCGAGCGAGCGAAAGAACGAGAGAAAGAGGGGAAUGGAAGAGAGGAAUAUAUGACAGAGUGAGUGAGUGAGUGAGUGAGUGAGAGAAUGAGAGCGAGAAAGAGGGGGCGAGGUGGAAAGAGUGAGAAACGCGUGAAGCCAAUUAACGCACUGCAAACGGCGCCGUUCGCCGCAAAGCGGUUAUCAGAAAAUUGCAUUUCGGAAUUGGACACGUUUUAUCGUGACUACCGCUUUUAUCGUAGUCGCUCCGACCAGUUGGUCCCGGAAAACAUUUAGCGCAUCGCGGAUAAACGAGACCGAUUGGCGGCGUGAACAUUCAUGACAAUGUGUUUUCAAUUCCCCUUGUUUUAUGCUCGCAUAGCGCGAGAUUGCUUCAUUACCACGGUUGUUGUAUUAUUAAACACGUGUGCGCGAGACCCUGUUUCUUAAAUCGGCGCCUUUGCUAAAACAAAAGGUUUUCCUUCCUAACAAUUUUCAUAAAUGGACUGUAAAGCAGAGACUAUAGAAUAGUUUUAACAUUUUCUUCUAUUUUUGUUCUUUUUGUUUUAUUAGUCGUGUGAAAAGCAACCAGGUAGCAGAUAGUUUCUUUUUCUCCUUAAAAAAAAAAAAUUCAUGCAGCGACACCGUUUUCAGUGCGAUAGCGCAAGCAAGUGCCUUUUGUAAACUUCUCGAUUGUCUUCCAUAUUACAAUGUGUAUAGGCUACACGGUACGAAUGAUGUGAGAGAAUGAUAAUUCUUAGGAGGUGGAGAGAGCGAGAAAGAGUGUGAGAGAAAGUUGAAAGGAAUCAGCUGGACAAUAAUAAGAGAAACUAGUGUGAUUGAGUAUGUGUUGCGUUUGGGCAAAAUAAAUGUAUGAAAAAGUAGAUAUAUAUUUUACAUGUAUAUAUCAUAAUGUAUACAUAAUAUAUACAUAAUAUACAAACAAACACAUACACACAUCGAGAAAGAAAAGAUACAUUUCACGUGAUCGAAUUGUUUGCGGAACGCUCGUGUCAUUUACCGACUGGCGUUCCCCUUUUCUUGGAUGGUAGAAAACACUUCUUUCUCGUCGCGAGGCUCGUUGACUUCUGCCUUUCAUUUUUUUUUUUUUUAUAUAUAUACACAUGUAUAUGUUACGUAUUUAACGUUAUAUGUUGCACCCAUGAUCGCGACGAGGAGAGAGAGAGAGACUCACUUCGGCGCGAAUGACAGAGCUAUGGUGAUGCCGAUUUAUUUCAUAUGUAUUGCCCUUUCCCAAUAAAAAAAAAAUGUGAUAACUGUAAUACUAUGUUAAAAAAUGUGGUAUCGCAUAUAGAAAUAUUUACUAUUAUAAAAAAUAUGCUAUAAUAAAAAUGCAAAGAGUAAGAAGAGUGUGAGAGAGAAGGAUGAGAUUAAUGAGAUGGAUGAAUGAACGAAGAGAGAAAGAGAAAGAAAAUAGCGAAAGAGAGGCGGAAGUCGGAACGCUCGCGCGGGCCGCGUGAUUUCUCGAAGAGACAUAAUUUUUUUUUUUUAUAUUUGUUUGUGACGCUUCGCUCGAGAUACAAAUUUAAAAUUGCAAAAAUCGGAAGAACAGUCCCGCAAAUCUCGACGGGAAAACGCCGACCCCGCGUCGCUUCGACGUGAAUUAAUAAUUACAAACAAAUAUAAACGCCUACAAACUGACGUGGUUUUCGAAAAUCGAUAUCAUUCUGUAUAUAAGCGCUAAACUCUUAUGCUUAUACAAGGUAUAUUUUCGUUUAAUUUAUAUUUGGAUGCAACUUGUUAUUAUAGAUUUACUUUAUUAUUUUAUUAAUAUAAUUAUUUUUAUUAUUAUUAAUUAUUAACUAAUUAUUAUAAUUAUUACUCCAUCAUUAUAUUAUUAUUAUUCACAAAUAAUUAUCACUUCAUAAUCAGUGCUCCCCCCCGUAAUGAACUGUUGGUUUUGCCCAUUGCCUCUUUAUCUCUCCUUUUCUUUUCACCAUACAUACAAAUAAACGCGAGUGCUUCCUUAUCCCGUUACAAAAUGCACUAGUUGAUCGUCGUCGACGCGCGAGCGGUAUCGACGACGUCUAACAUAGUGCUAUUGUUGCGUCAUUAUUAUAUUAUUAUUAUUAUUAUUAUUAUUAUUAUUAUUAUUAUUAUGUAUAUCAUUAUUAUUUUCAUCGAUAUAUCUAUUCUAUUUAGCACCAAUCAUUCCUCCCUAUCAGUCGACUCCCCUCAUACCUCUCAUCGUCGUCGUCGCAGAACCAAAAAGAACCUCUGUACUAUUUAUAAUCAAUUGUAUAUAGUUUAUGCUAUAUAUAGAACUUCAAAAUUAUUCGCGGUACAUAAAAAUUAUGACGCAAACGAUUCGUAUUAUUAACGCUUUAAUGACUCAGAAUUUUGUCGCGAGUUUCAAAAGCUGAUCUUCGAACCGACAUUCGUUCUUUCCCUUACCGUUCGCGUUUUAGCCGCACACAAUCAAGGCGUACUUCAGAAAUGGAAUAUGAGUGCUUUUCUGAUUUUCUUAUACUGGGAUCAUAUUUUUCUGAGUGCUGCCAAGAUUUUUAUAGAAAUUUUCUUUCUUUUUAAAUGAUUUUAUUUCAUGUCCAAAAUGCGAGCGAUAAAGGAGGAACGCGAUAAAGAAAGAGGUGAAAUUCAUUGCGAAAAUCGGAACUAAAUCUUAUCACUGCUUACAGGAACAAAACUUGAGGGCUCUUUAAUUUGAAGACGUUAUGAGUAUAAUGAUUGCAUUUAUCUAAUUUGGAAAUAUCAAAAAACUAAGAAAUUGUAUGAAUUUCAAGCGAUAAAAAAUAUGAUGCACCGUAAUUUAUUUAUUUAAUGUAUUUAAAAGCUAUAUUUCUGAUAAACAUUCUUGGACAUUUACUUAUAUUCAUGUUCUCAACAUACGUUUAGUAUUAAAUGAUGACCCUCUUUAACGCGCGAGGAAUUUUCGACUGUUAACUAAAUCCAAAUAAGACGAUUUUU